AGUCAUUUGGAGUUGGCUGGACUGUGGAAAACUCUGAAAGUUACAGCUGCUGACCCACCCAGAGAACAUAGAACCCUUGAUCUGAUUGGUUGGAUUUUCCUACCAGCAUUGAUGAGACCCAUUCUACAAUCUUCUGAAUCUCACAAACUACUGGAUUCCAGAAGUAACUCACCUUCUGAAUCUUGAGAGUGAAGAAGUUGGAGAUUUUGAUGAGUUGUCUGAACUGCUGGGAUCAUAUAAGUGUCCCAAAGACCUAGAAAUGGUGUUGCCUAAAGGUCAAGAUGACUGGUCCAAAGAAGACAUUGUGAAGUUAUUGGAAUGUAUGGAGAAUAACAUUCCAUCCAAUGACAGGCACACGUUCAAAACAACCCAGUCACUGAUGAACUGGGAAAAAGUAGCUUUUAAAGAUUUUUCUGGGGAAAUGUGCAAACUCAAAUGGUUAGAGCUUUCUAAUAACUUGAGAAAAUUUCGCACUUUGAAAGAAUUAGUCCUGGAAGCAAAGGAAAAUGUUAACAAUCCUUACAAAUGCAGAAAACACAAGAAGCAUCCUGAUUUACCCAAGAAGCCCUUGACAGCUUACCUCCGCUUUUUCAAAGAGAUGAGACCCCAGUACAGCCAAAAACAUCCUAAGAUGAGCAACCAGGAGCUGACCAAGGUUCUGUCUGAGGAAUACAAGAAGCUUCCAGAGCAGCUGAAGCUGAAAUAUAGUCAAGAUUUCCAGAAGGAGAAACAGGAUUUUGAGGAGAAAAUUGCACUAUUCAGAGAACAGCACCCUGAUCUAGUCCAGAACUCCACGAAAUCUGAUGUCCCCAAAGGAAGCCAAAUCAAAGCACCGAAGAAGUUUCAGGGAAAUGUGCAAAAAGUGAAGUCUCCUCCAGAAAACAAUUUAUCAAUGAAGAGAAAAUUCCAUGGAGAGCCCAAGAAGCCACCUAUGAAUGGCUAUCACAAGUUCCACCAGGAUUUGUGGUCGAGUAGGGAGCUUCAAGUGGUGCCCCUGAGGGAGCGCAUGGUGGAGAUUAGUAGACGCUGGCAGCGUGUCCCAUAGAACCAGAAGGAACAUUAUAAGAAGCAGGCUGAGGAGCUGCAGAAACAGUACAACGUUGACCUUGAUCUCUGGCUCAAGAGUUUGUCUCCUGAAGAAUAUGCUGCUUACAGAGAGGCAACCUAUACUAAGCGUAAGAACAUGAGCAUGACAAGGGGCCCAAACCCCAAGGUUAGAAGGAUGGAUCUGCAGUUCCCAUCAUCAGGGAAUCUUCAAGGAGGGCCUGAACUGGAGAAGGGGCUUCAGCCUCCAGAGAUAGAAUCAUCAAACACUAUUGGAGAACAUUCUCCUGCCUCAGGGAGAUCAGAAGAAAACAGGAAAGGUGAGGAAGAGGAGGAAGGCAGCAACUCCUCAGACCACAGCAGUGGGGAUGAAGAUGAAAAUUGUGAGUCUGAGGACAGUGGCUCCAGCUCAUCUACCUCAGGGGACUCCUCUGACUCAGAUUCCAAUUGA